AUGCGGACCAUCCUCCUCUUUGGCAAGGUGGCACAGGGCGCAUUGCCGCCCGACAGCUUGUCGGCGACGGCGGCAAGCAAGGAGUCUAGCGUGGUGAGCCCCCCCCCCCCCCGGCCGACUACGCCGGCCUCACGGCCAUCGCCAAAAUUGCCCGACACUGCAAACUGGGCGCCAUCCGCAGCAACUGAUGAUGAGCUUGACCUCAAUGCGUCCCCAGCAACAACACUAAGCCUGCCGACGAAGGUGCCCCGCCCUUUCCUUGCCUCUUCUUUUGAGAGCGGCUGUAACCUGUUCGGUGAUAUGCCCGAACGGGCCGUUGAUCCCGCCGACCCGAAUUACUUCAACGAGUCGUCCCAGUUCAUAGAGGACCUCAUUGGCCAAGAGGCCCCGACGUAUGAGGAGGAAGUUGACGAGCAAUGGGUUGAUGAAACGCAAGAGGGGGUCAGCAUUGACAUCGAGCCGCUAUACACCGACGCCGGCACCGAUGCCGGCAAGGACGCGCCCCGGUGUCAAAAGAAGGGCACAAGCAAGAGGAUGCAGGCGUACGCCGAGUGCGAGGACAAGCAGCUAUGCGAGGCCGGGCUAGAAAUGAGACAAGAUCCAAUUUGCGGGGCCGAGCAAAAAGGCACCGUGUAUUGGAAGCGUAUCUAUGAUUUCUUCCAUGAGCAUCGCCUCUUGCCCCCGUACAGCUUCAUGAGCGACUGGGGAGAGGUUUCCCUUCAAAAGAGAUGGGGCCUCAUCCAGUCCGAAUGCAACAAGUUCGCGGGUGCGCAUGAUCACGUGAAGGCGAGGCCGGUCAGCGGCGUCGGCGUCGGCGACGGCGACAUGAUCCUCAAGGAGGCUCCGAAGUGGCAAGAGGUUUAUUUGGCCACCAAGAAGAGCCCUGACGAUGGGAAGAAGCGUGACUGCAGCGUCAUCAACCUCGAGGCCUCCGGCCACACCGAGGCAGCAACCCGGGCCGUCCGACCUUGGGGGAGAACCAACUCCAAGUUAGAUGCCAAACGUGAGGCCUCCAACCUCUCUUUCGAAGAGACGCUCAAGAAGAUGUGGUCCAAGAAGGACGCCGUGAAGGAGAAGAUGCUUCAACAAAUGGAGGAGCAAAUGAAGGAAUUUCUCGACGUGCAAAAGAGGAAGCUCGCCAUCAAGGAGGCCAAUGCGGUGGCGACCAAAACUGCGGCUGCGGCCACUAUGCUCGCUGAGGAUACAAGGAUCAUGACGGCGGACUUGAGCCUCAUGGACCCUCCCACGCAAGCUUGGUUCGAGGCCAAGAGGAAGAUCAUAGAAGAACGCGAUGCGCCAACUGAAGGGCAUUUCGAUUCCUAA